AUGGCCGGCCGGGCACGCAGUGAGUCGCCGCUCGACUUUGAGGACUUCGCGUCGAGGCCUACGGGCUCGGCACGGUCAGGGGCCCUCUUCAAUGUUCAGAUGUCGAGGAAGAAAGCGGAGCAGGACUCCAUCCUCCUCGCCAAUCGAAUUCGGCUCCUCAGAAAUGAAGAGGCGAAGACUCGCAAGAAGAUCGUAGAAACCGAAAAAAAGACCCAGGAAAUCCUGGAGACCCGGCGGCGCAACGAAAAGCGGCGCCAGGAGAAGGAGGCCUUCGAGGCGCACAAGGAGGCCCUCGAGUCUGAAUUUCGUGCCAAGCAGAUGGUGGAUCGGGCUGACCAGCAGCACAAGCUCCAAGACAAGAUGAGGAUUAUACGAGAGCGAAAUCAAGGUGCAGGACAUGUCAUCCGGCAGGAGCGCCAGGCGUAUCAGCAAGUCGUGGACUUCGAGCGCCAAGCUGCAGCGGAUGAGGCGUUCGCUCGCGCCGAGCAGGUCCGUGCAGCGAUGUCGCAAGCAGCGAGGAGUCGGGCGCGGUCUGAGGGGGCGAAGCAGGAGCUUGCCCGAGGGGCCCUGCGCGAGCGCCUCCUGCGAGAGGAGGACGAGCGCCGGCAGCGCCUAGCAGACAUCGACAGGAUGGAGCGCGAGGAGAAGGAGCUCAUGGAGAGACUACAGCGGUCGCAGGAGCGCCACCGAGCAGCAUACAUGCAGCUCGAGGACGUCCUUCGGCAGUCUGGCAGCGAGACGUCCGUUGGUCUUUCACCACUGGGCUCUGUUGCGCCGCUGGAGGCCAGCCGCCGGCGACCGGAGCGUGACGUAACAUGCGCCAGCCCUGCGCGGAUGAGCCCCGAUCUGCACGCUGAGAUCAUUUUCGGAUCCACUCGAGACUCCACGUCUUCGCGUGGGUCCAGGCGUCCCGAAGUUGCUCCUUCCAGAAGUCUGCCAAGCGGGCCUGCUCCAGCACGGCCGCCGCUGCCACGUGCUCCUCCGGGUGCAAGGCCCAGCUCCGCAUCGCGCCAGGCAGUGCGCGUGAACGCUGCUGGAGCCGCAGGGGAUGCGGUGGACAAGCUGCGGCAGAAGCACUCGACCAGUGCCAUGAGCAAUGCCAGCACUGCAAGUGGUGCAGAAACGGCAGCAAACGGUCCCUGCGAAGGGAGUGGCCAGAGUACGCCAUCCUCAGCUGCCCAUCAAAUCAGGUACACCACCGUUGAUGGCUUGCAGUUGGACAUCCCAGCAGAGGAGGAUCUGGACCUUGCAGCCCUUCUCAACGGCAGGUAA